GUGUUCUUCGUGAUCCGGCUGAUCGCAGCCCCCAUGUCGAACUCCCUGCCCCCCAUCACUGACCCCGACCCCCUGAUGGCCUGCGACCUGAUGGACGGCCGCGAUGCUUUCCUCACGUUGGCGCGGGACAAACACCUGGAGUUCAGCUCGCUGCGUAGGUCCAUGUGGAGCUCCAUGUGCAUGCUGGUGGAGCUGCACAACCAGAGCCAGGACCGCUUCGUAUACACCUGCAACGAGUGCAAACACCACGUGGAAACACGCUUCCACUGCACCGUCUGCGAGGACUACGACCUGUGCAUCACCUGCUACAACACGAAGGGCCACGUGCACAAGAUGGAGAAGUUGGGCCUGGGUCUGGACGACGAGAGCAGCAACUCGUCAGCCGCAGCGACUCAGAGCCCCGGAGACUCACGGCGCCUCAGCAUCCAGCGCUGCAUCCAGUCCCUGGUCCACGCCUGCCAGUGCCGCAACGCCAACUGCUCGCUGCCGUCCUGCCAGAAGAUGAAGCGCGUGGUGCAGCACACCAAGGGCUGCAAGAGGAAAACCAACGGCGGCUGUCCAAUCUGCAAACAGCUCAUCGCGCUCUGCUGCUACCACGCCAAACACUGCCAGGAGAACAAGUGUCCGGUUCCCUUCUGUCUCAACAUCAAGCACAAGCUCCGCCAGCAGCAGCUUCAGCACCGGCUCCAGCAGGCGCAGAUGUUGAGGAGGAGGAUGGCCAGCAUGCAGAGGGUCGGACAGUCUGGAGGAGGAGGGGGAGGAGGAGCUCCAGGAGGAAAUGGAUUACCUUCUCCCAGUGCAAACAACGGAUCAACAGCGCCUGGAACACCGACCUCUGUGGGGGGAACGCAGCCGCCCACCCCUCAGACACCGACACAUGGGAACAUGCCCGCUCUCCCCCAGCAGCAGGGAGGCAUGGGGGGGAUGGGAGCCAUGGGAGGCAUGGGAGGAAUGGGGCAGCAACAAGGUGGUCCUCAGCAUCACCUCCAUCAGUAUCAGCCUGUGGGAGUUGGAGGGGGGAUGAUGAACUCCCCUCAGCAGCAAAUGGUGCCUCAAAUCCAGGCUCCAAACGUCCAGCAGCACCAGGGGGUUCUUCCUCCGUACAACCCCAGACCCGCAGGAGCGUCACCUUUACACCAGUCUCUAGGAAAACCAGGAUCCACCCCUCCCCAGCAACAGCAGCAACAACAACAACAACAGCAAGCCAUCAUGCCGGGGCAGAACCAGCAGCAGGGGCCCCCUCUGGCUGCUGUGGAGACGGCGCUGAAGAUCCAGCGGCUCGCAGAGACCCAAAGACAGAUGGCUCAGGCUCAGGCUCAGGCUCAGGCUCAGAUACGAGGCAUGGGCCAGGGGGGGGGUCUGAUGCCCCAACACCCCCACCACCAGACCCCCCAGGUUCAGAUGGGCAUGCCCCCCCACAUUGGGGCACAGGGCAUGCCCCCCCAGAAUCAGGGAGUCGUCGGCAGGACUAUGUUAGAGCAGCAGGGCAUGUUAGCGGGGCUUCAGCAGCAGCAGCAGGGCGGCCCCCCCCAGACUCAGCUGCUGCCUCAUCAGGUGCAGCAGCAGGGAGGGGCGCAGCAGCAGUGGGGGGGGGGCGCACCUCCCAACAUGAGCCCCCAGCAGAGGAUGAUGGGUCACAUGCAGCAGCAGCAGGCAGGAAUCCCUCAGCAGGCCAUGAAUCAGCAGCAAGGGGCUCGAGGGCUGAUGCAGGUGAUGGGGGGAGCUGCGGGGCUCUCGGGGGUCUCAGCAGGGGUCCAGAACUCGAUAGUAGCGGCGGCGGCGUCAGGAAACCUCCCCCAGGCUGCGCUGCAGGAUCUCCUGAGGACCCUGCGCUCCCCAAGCUCCCCUCUCCAACAGCAGCAGGUGCUCAACAUCCUGCGCUCAAACCCAACCCUCAUGGCCGCUUUCAUCCGUCAGAGAGCAGCCAGGUACCAGGGGGGUCCUGGGGGGGGCCCCGGUGGGGGGGGCCUCCACAGGGGGUUCCACCACAGCAGGGGGCUCCUGGGGGAGGGGCGAGGUUCCCUGGAGUCCUGCCCGGUGUGGGAGUGGAUGGGCAGCAGCAGCAGGUUAGCGUGA